ACAUUCUCAUACUUAUUCGAAACCCUUCGAAGUUCUGCUCUGUUUCUGUUUGCUGAUGUUGAUACUUUUUCAUUUAAAUAUAGAGCUUUUAAUAUUGUUCUAAUGUUACUUUCUAAAAGUUAGCAAUGUAUCACAUUUGUUUAAGCCUAUAAAAUUUAAAUUUUUACACUACACACUUAACACAAUAGCUCUUAGGUUAAUUUUAUAUAUCUAUUAUGGAGCCAAUGAUAUUGGUUGCUGUUAUUGUUGCUGUUAUCAUAUUGCUUUUAGUUUUAACUUAUUUAAGUAAAAGAAGAUCAAGUAACAACACUGAUAACGAGGCACAAAGACCUCGUGCAGUUCCUGUUUUAAGAGGGGCUGGUGUUGAAGCACCUAGAAGAGCUGGAAGAAAUGUUAGGCAAAGAAUGCGACAAGCUGCUGCCAGAUCUCCUGAAGAAGAAGAGGAAGAUUUGUUACCAGAUGAUAUUGCUUUGCCUGAUGGUAAAAUAGGUGCAAAAAAAUUGAAGAAACUUGAAAUGAAAGCAGAGAAAAGAAGAGAAAGAGAAAGAGAGCUUGAGGAACGUGAAGAUAGAAAGCAACGACAGAAAGAGUUAGAUGAAAGGAGAAAAAAACAAGAAGAACAAGAAAGAGAAGAAGAACGUAAAAAAGAAGAGGAAGAAAAGGCUCUUAAAGAAGAGCAAGAAAGAAAAGAGCAUGAAGAAUACUUAAAACUAAAAGAAUCAUUUGCUGUUGAAGAAGAAGGCUAUGAUCAAGAAGAUAAUGCAGAUGAAGCCAAUAAAUUUCAAGAAUUUAUUGAUUACAUCAAAAAUCAGAAAGUAGUUUUGUUGGAAGAUUUGGCUUCACAGUUCAAGCUUAAGACACAAGAUACAAUUGAUAGAGUUCAAGAUCUAUUGGCUCAAGAAUGGCUAGUAGGAGUAAUUGAUGACAGAGGAAAAUUUAUUUACAUUACUAAAGAAGAAUUAGAAUCUGUUGGCCAGUUUAUUAAGCAAAGAGGCAGGGUGUCUAUAUCUGAGUUAGUGGAUUGUAGCAACACAUUAAUUAAUCUUCAACCUGAGAGCCCGAUUGAAAGUUCUUCUUGAAAAUGUAUAUUUUAUUUUAGUGAUGCCUUUAUAAUAAAUGUUGUUUUAU